AAAAUGGAUAUUCCCAGCACUGGAGCAAUUUUCACUUUGGGCAAAUCCUAUUUGGCCGAAAAUAGUCAAAGUUAUUUUUAUAUCAAAAAUGAUCCCAUAAAAAGGCUCAUAGCUGGCCCCUAUCAGAGUGCAGUGAUUUGUGAAUCUGGACGUUUAUUUGUAUGGGGUGAAAAUAACUACGGCCAACUUGGUAUUGGUGGUCACUCAACCAAUGCCAACAACACCAACAAUACCAAUACCAGCAACAAUAAUGUCGACAUUAUUAUUAAGCCUACCUGUGUUAAGUCUCUAAAGACAUUGGGUUUGAAAAUAGCCGAUAUAGCCUUUGGCAGUGAUUGGUCGGUAAUACUCACACAUUCCAAUGAAUUGUUCUUUACGGGUCGUAAUAUAUUCAAUGGCGAAAGUCCGGUCCGUUCAAAUUUUACGGAAUCCACCGUCAAUGGAGAACCAUGUGAAAUUAUACGUAAACCCUUUCGUUUGGACGAGUUCGAUGACUGUUUGUCGAACAAUGAAGAGGCCGAGAGUUUUGUAAAUGUUUUAGCCGGAAAUGAACAUUUUGUGGUAUUGACAUCUUUUGGCCGACUCAUUGGUUGGGGUUCAAAUCAAUCCAAUCAACUAGGUAACGCUGAGGAGCCCCUUCUAAAACCCCAUGAAAUUAUUUUGGAUUCGCCCAUCAAACAAUUUGCUUGUGGUCCGGCCUCAACAUUGGUGCUAACUGAAAAGGGCAAUUUAUACUUAACCGGACAACUCAAUGAAUUUGUUUUCUCAAAUUUUACCGAGUUGCAAAAGAAUCUGCCCCCAAAUGAGCAAAUCAUUUUCAUACACAUUUCACAUGCCAGUGAGAUUUUCAUUGUCACCAAUACGGGCAGUAUAUAUCGCAGUUAUGAAUCGUUACGUAACAAGAGUCUUAUCUUUCAAAGAUUCUAUGAUUACGAUAGUGAAGAGAAUGGUCCCAUUUGGAAAUUACUAAAGGGUACAUCAUUUUUUGCCGUGCUGACAAGGGCCCAUAAAUUCUACACAACCUUUUCAGAAAGCGGUCACCAUUUGAAAACAUUUAGAGAGAUUUCGAAAUUUAAAAAUUUACGUCUAAUGGAUAUGGCAUUGGGGGAUCGUCAUGUUUUAGUGCAUGGUGUGCCUAGGUCGUCGGCUUUGGCAGCUACAAUGGGUCCUGGGGCAGAACAUCGCCUUAUGUCACAAAGUACCAUAAUGGCCAAUACCACCGGCGGCCUCAUGGGAAGAAUGAAAAAUGGCGGAAAAAUAAAACCAGAGACAAUAUUGGAAGAAACAACUAUAACACCCAAGAGCAUACAAUUGAUGGAGCCGGUGCUGGAAAGACCGAAAACCAAUACUCCAGUACACGAAACACUCAAUGUGGAUGGGAAGGAAGGAGGACAAAUUCAAGAAUCAAGCGAUAACAACAAUAAUUUAGAACAUACAGAAGAUACCAAUAAUAAUGAAGAGGAAAUGGCGGGAACUUCUAUGCAACGAAGAUCUCCCACAGAGUCCAUAAAGUCACGUAAAAGUACCAGCUCCACAAAGAAAAGCUUGAGACCGAGAACACCAUUUCCUGAAAGCAGUAGCGGCAGUUCCCCACAAACAGCCAUUGAAAAGACCCCAUUGCGAAGUACAGCAGAUCAGGCAGAAAUGGAGGAAGAUUAUAUUGAUCACACAUCACCGAGACUAGUGGAGAGCCUUGAAAAUAUACCAGAGGCAGUGAAUGCAACCAAACCAGGAGUACGUCUCUCUUUGCCCACACCUCCCACCGAAGAGGACGAACAAUUAACUGUUGAAAUACGAGAGACCACAGAUCCAUUGGAUCAUACGGUCACAAUUAAUGAAAUACGAUUCAUUAACAAUGGCAUUGAUGUUACAGCCAAUGUCAAAAAAGAACGAGAAUCUGAUGAUUCUCUUGAUGAGACAGAGGACGAAGAUGAAGGAGAUGAUACAAAAUCAAUUAUAAGAAAACAGACAAAAGGUUUCAUUAGCGGUGUGGAAAAGGAAGUUGACGAAAAAAUAGAAAAGUUAAAAGUUACCAAAGACGAUGUUGAAAAUACUGUAAAGGAUAAUGCAUUAUCUAUUGGAAAUAAAAUUGAAGAAAAGUUCAAGAUAACCAAAGUGGAAGCUGAAGAUGCCAUUAAAGAAAAGACCGCAGCCAUUGAUGAUAAAGUUGAAGAAUCUGUGGCAGAGGCAAAAGAUUCUAUAGAAAAGGUAGCAAAUGAAACAGCUCAAUGUGUUGAUGAGAAAGUCGCUGAUGCCAGAGAUAGCAUAGAAACAGGCGCCAUGAAGGCGGUUGCUGGUGCAAAAGGUGCUUUCGAUGUCGUUGGUGAGAAUGCUAAAAAAGCGGCGAAAGGUGCAAAACAAACAAUUGAAAAUGUGGGUACCACAAUGUCUAAGGCAACGGAUGAUGCCCGCCAGGCAAUUGAAAAUGUCGGAAACAAUGCUGCCAAAGCAACCGGCGAAGCCAAGGAUUCCAUGGGUAAUGCUAUCCGUAAAAUGGCCGACGACACCCGCAAUGCAGUUGGGGCUGUAACUUCGAAAAUCUCCCACGAAGUACAAGAUGCAAAGAAUAGCUUAAGUUCGCUGCUACAAGGAAAGAAAAAUAAAGUAGAUGUGGAAAGAUCAACCAAUGAGCUACAAGAUACAUCUGCUGUCGACGAAUUUCAGGCCGAAGCUAGUGCCAAAGAUAGUGGUGGCAGUAAAACAAAUCCCACCUCACAAUCUACCAAUACACCAGGCGGCGCUCAGGAGGACGACGAAAGAACUACAGCAUCGGUGAAUUCGGCCCAUACCUCAGCCGGCAAUCCAUUUGAAAACAAUAACCCCUUUGAGAACAAUAAUCCGUUCGACGAAAAUGAUGAGAAUAAUGGUGGCACAAUUCCCUAUGACCCCGAACUGGAUGCCAUGAUUGAACGUAGUAAGAAAGCAUUUCAAGAGGACGUUGAAAGAGCCAGUAUGGCAACAGAAAAUCACCUAAGUGAUGCGGCCACAGAAGUAGCCGUGGGGGAGAAAAGUAAAUUUUCCAAAUUUCUUGAUGAUAUGCGUGAAAAAUCGAAAGGUCUAACAUGCCGUAAUGAAAAAUCUGUACAAAUUAUUGAAGAUCAACCACCCCGAUAUUCCGUAGAAGAUGAGUUGGCCCUACAGCCGGUAAAUGCCCGACCUGAGAAUGGCUCAAAAGUUUGCACAAUAUUAUAAUUAUGUUAUUUUCUAGUUCAAAGAGUAAUAAUACCAAAUAUGUUGCAUUUGUUUAUUUAUAAUCAGAGAACAUUAU